AUGGCUGUCCCCAACAUUAAGCUGAACAGCGGCUUCGACAUGCCCCAAGUGGGCUUCGGUCUGUGGAAGGUCGACAACGCCAUUGCCUCCGACACUGUCUACGAGGCCAUCAAGGCCGGCUACCGUCUGUUCGACGGCGCAUGCGAGCGCACAAUCGCAGCGUCUUUGGCUUGGGAGAGGAGGGGCAGGGUAGAAAACUACGGCAAUGAAGUCGAGUGUGGCGAGGGUGUUGCCCGUGCCAUCAAGGAGGGUAUUGUCAAGCGCGAGGAUCUCUUCAUCGUCUCCAAGCUCUGGAACACCUUCCACGAUGGCGAUCGCGUAGAGCCCAUCGUCAAGAAGCAGCUCGCCGACUGGGGUGUUGACUACUUCGACCUCUACCUCAUCCACUUCCCCGUCGCCCUCGAGUACGUCGACCCCUCCGUCAGAUACCCGCCCGGCUGGCACUACGACGGCAAGUCCGAGAUCCGCCCCUCCAAGGCCUCCAUCCAGGAGACCUGGACUGCCAUGGAGAGCCUCGUUGAGAAGGGCCUCUCCAAGAGCAUCGGGCCAGCUCCUCUACGACCUCCUCCGCUACGCCAAGAUCCCCCUGCCACCCUCCAGAUCGAGCACCACCCCUACCUCGUUCAGCCUGACCUUGUCAAGCUGGCCGCCAACGAGGGCAUUGCCGUCACUGCCUACUCCUCCUUUGGCCCUGCCUCCUUCAAGGAAUUCAACAUGGAGCACGCCACCGACUUCGUCCCUCUCUUCGAGGAGCCCACCAUCACCGCCAUCGCUAAGAAGCACAACAAGGAGCCUUCCCAGGUCCUCCUCCGCUGGGCUACCCAGCGUGGCCUUGCCGUUAUCCCCAAGACCAGCCGCAAGAACGUCCUGGCUCAGAACCUGGCCGUCACCGAUUUCGACCUCGAGCAGUCCGAGAUCGACAAGAUUAGCGCCCUCGACAGGAAGACUCGCUUUAACCAGCCCGCCAACUACUUCCCCACCGAGAAGCUGUGGAUCUUCAGUUAG